GCCACUGCAUACAUAAUGCAUGAAUAUAAAAGAAAAAAGGGGAGGAGAGGCCGCGACCGGGCAGAGACCGCCGGAGUCGCCGCCGGAGAGGAGUCGACUCGCCAGCCGCCGCCAGCGAGGCCCGCCCACCCGUUUGUCUGGCCCUCUGCCCCGUUCACCAUGCAGCCUGCUUCUGCAAAGUGGUACGAUCGAAGGGACUAUGUAUUCAUUGAAUUUUGUGUUGAAGACAGUAAAGAUGUUAAUGUAAACUUUGAAAAAUCCAAACUUACUUUCAGUUGUCUUGGAGGAAGCGAUAAUUUUAAGCAUUUAAAUGAAAUUGAUCUUUUUCAUUGUAUCGAUCCAAAUGAUUCCAAGCAUAAAAGAACAGACAGAUCGAUUUUAUGUUGUUUGCGAAAAGGAGAAUCCGGCCAGUCAUGGCCUAGGUUAACAAAGGAAAGGGCAAAGCUUAAUUGGCUCAGUGUGGACUUCAAUAAUUGGAAAGACUGGGAGGAUGACUCAGAUGAAGACAUGUCGAAUUUUGACCGUUUCUCUGAGAUGAUGGAUCACAUGGGUGGUGAUGAGGAUGUAGAUUUACCAGAAGUAGAUGGAGCAGAUGAUGAUUCACAAGACAGUGAUGAUGAAAAGAUGCCAGAUCUGGAGUAAGGGCUGUUGUCAUCGCCUGGAUUUUGAGAAAGGAAAAUAACUUCUGCAAGAUUUCACAAUUGAGAAAACCCCUGAGUCGAUAGCUCUAAAGGCAGAUAUGCUGUACUUGCCUCCUCUAACCCAGUUGUCAACCUUUUUUUUUCUUUUUCUUUUUUUUUCUUUUUUUUUUUUUUUUGAAAGGCUUCACUAAGGGUUGAUUAUGUACCAUUGUGUGGGGCGAUUUAAGUCAGCUAAGGCAGUAUCCUUAUGCAUGAACAUUUCCCAGGAUUCCAUGAGGCAGCUGAUCCUAGGCAACUGCUCCAGCAGCUCGGACAAAUAAUUGCAUUUCAUCUAAGUCUUUCAUCAUAACACAAUUACUUACACAUUAGGAAAGCUCUCAGCUUAGGGAAAGAUGAAAGUUUUAGAUCCUAGACCAUGGAUUUAAAGGAGGCGGAAACAAAUUGGCUAAUACCUUAAACUGAUACCCUGCCAUUCUUUCAGGAUACCUUUCAAAAUUAUUCCACUAAAGUUUAUUUUUCAAAAAAAAAAAAUGUACUUUACAUCAUUGUAUGUGAUCACUUGUCAGUGUUCAGGUGUAUUUUAGCAAAAACUAGUGGAUGCCCUAACUUAGAUGGUUUUUGAAGCCUAUACAUUUGGUAUUGUUUGGCCCUUAAGCUUUUACAUCUCUUAGCAUGGAGGACAAAGAAAGCUGUACAUUGUUGCUUGAGAGUAUGUACAUUUUAGACCAGAUUUGUAUUUGCACAGUCAGUAUGGCAAAUGAGUGGACAAUGUUAAAUACACUAUUGGAUUUUUUUUUAUUUUCUGUUUUGAUUUCAGCUUAUGCCCUGGCUGGAAAACCUCAAUUUAUGUUCAUGACAGUGGGGAUUUUUUUAAAUGUCUACAUUCUUUCUAAUAAACUGUUGGAAGAUUUAAAAAAAAAAAAAAAAAA